CACCGGAAAUAUCUCUGUCGCCGCCGGCGCCGGCCGCCGCCGCUGCCACUUUCCCACCGACUGCGCCAUGCUCCGGCUCCGAGAGUGCGUCGUUUCCCGUCUCCUCUCUCCUUCCUCCACCUCUGCCGUCUCCCCUCUGCUUCGCCUCCUCUCCGCAUCCGCAUCCGCAGCCCCCAUUUCCCCGAACCCUAGCAGCUUCGCCGUGGAGGAGUACCUCGUUGCCACCUGCGGCCUCACCCGGCCCCAAGCCCUCAAGGCCUCCACCAAGCUCUCCCACCUCAAGACCCCCGACAAGCCCAACGCCGUCCUCGCCUUCCUCGCCGGCCUCGGCUUCUCCGGCGCCGACGCCGCCGCCGUCGUCGCCAAAGACCCGCGGCUCCUCUGCGUCAAAGUGGACAAAACCCUGGGCCCUAAGGUCAUGGGGCUCAUUGGCAUCGGCAUGUCGCGUCCUGACAUCGCCUGCAUCGUCUCCCUCGCUCCCUACCGCUUCCGCUCCAGAAACAUCGUCUCCAAGCUGCACUACUACCUGCCCCUCAUCGGCUCAGUGGACAACUUACUCCGGAUGCUCAAGCGAGAAUCCCCCCUUCUCUCGGCCGACCUUGACAAGGUGGUCAAGCCCAAUGUCGUGUUCCUGAGGGAGUGCGGGCUAGGUGCUUGUGAUAUUGCCAAGCUCUGUAUCCGUGUGCCUAGGAUGCUGACCACCAACCCGGAGCGCGUCCGUGCGAUGGUGGCAUGUGCUGAAAGAUUAGGCGUGCCGCGUGGCUCUGGGAUGCUCAGGCAAGCGCUACAGGCUGUCGCGUUUCUCAGCGAGGAGAAGGUCGCCGCCAAAUUGGAGUACUUGAAGAAUACGUUCAGGUGGUCGCAUGCCGAGGCUGGCAUUGCGGUGUCUAAAGCACCGAUUCUCUUGAGGAGGUCAAAGGACACGCUGCAGCGCACGUCUGAGUUCCUCAUCUCUGAGGCGGGAUUGGAACCAGCGCGCAUUGCUCAUCGGCCAAUACUGCUCACUUACAGCCUGGAUGGCCGGCUCAGGCCCCGGUACUACGUUCUAAAGUUUGUUAAGGCAAAUGGGUUGCUAGAUCGUGAUUGGAGCUACUUAUCCGUAGUCGAUAUGACCGAGAAUGUUUUUGUGGAGAAGUUCGUGUGCCCUCACAUGGAAGCUGCGCCGCACCUUGCUGAAGACUAUGCUGCUGCUUGCCGAGGGGAAGUACCCACUAGAUUCAUAUUUGCUUGAACCAAGAUCCUGCCGUUAAAAUGUAUAACUGUGUAUGGCACAACAAAAUGAUCAAGAUAUGGCAAAGCCCUUCAUGGGAUUCAAGGGAAACAUGCAACAUAUGUGGCGCCUUAUGUAAGCUAAGCUGGGUUACUGAAGUAAUUAUUCUUCAGGCAUUCCUUUACAUUUUCUUAAUAUGAUGUUGGGGUACCCAUGGUGGCUCCUCUGUAGUGUUUGGUUUUCUUGGAAUUCCUUUUCUUUGGCUAACAGACAGUAGAUGUGUGUGAGAGUAGCAGACAUUAGUUGCCCAGUAGCUUCUCAGAAGCAGUUUAGCUUUGUUUGCGUCUAUAUGCUCGUUUGCUGCAGCAGCAAUCAUGCCCCACAAAUUGUUUCUGUGCAAUGCCAAAUUCUUUUCUCGCUCAUUUUUGGUAGUACUCAGCUGAUUGGUAUGACACCCUUAAUAAAGUUUUUGUUUCAGACCUACAUUCAGUCAGUCAUCCAUUGGCUGUUUAGUUCUGUGAAGCACCUAGAUUGUUUGUCAACAUCUCAUUUAUGUAUUAAAGAGACUCCUCCGCAUGCUUUGUCUUGCAUAAUUUGUGUAGCUUCUAUAAACGGUCUCGUGAAUAAAAGACUGCCGCACCAGUGUUAGUUUCUGCUCAAGUGCCAUAAUGCAAUCUUCCAUCUUUGAUUGUAAACUCUGUUUGAUAUUUUAGGUUGCACGGUUCAGUGAAACAGAGUUAGCUCUGCUCCUACAAAAAGGAAAAACCAGUGUCAAAGAAUAUUACACUACAUGUGUUGGGCAUAAGCCACGGCAGGACACGUCGGGCAUGUGUGCGUGCGCGCGCCGGGCAUGUCAGGUCGUCCGUGGCCGCGUCCAGCCAGUGUCUGGGCAUAAUCCGACCACUGUCCAGGCAUGGUCCGACCUAUGUAUGGUCUGGCCAUGGUCCGGGGUGUGUCCGACUAGUCCUGCUCAGAGUCCUGCUCAGGACUCUGUUGCAAAUAUUCAUAUAUGGAUGUCGGAGUAAAUGACCACGGCCUUUGUAAUGGAGGUUGCUAGGUCUGCUC